UAAUGCACACUAUCUUUUUUAGAUCUCAGCAAAUCGAACAAAGAAGAAAGAAACCUCUCUCUCUCAGACAGAUCAACAAUGGGAUCUCUACCACCGACACACCUCGACUUCUCAUCUCACCAAGACAUCUCGAAAGACAACCUCCUGACCCUCUUCAAAUCCCAGCAAGACCUCCUAAACCACUUCUUCAAACACCUCGACCUCACCCAAACCCUCUCCUUCUCCCGCCUCCUCCUCUCCGCCUCCGGCACCGUCUUCUUCACCGGCGUCGGCAAAUCCGCCUUCGUCGCCAACAAGGUCUCCCAGACCCUCGUCUCCCUCUCCUUCCGCUCCUCCUUCCUCUCCCCCCUCGACGCCCUCCACGGCGACAUCGGCGCCCUCUCCUCCCGCGACGUCCUCGUCCUCUUCAGCAAAUCCGGCGCCACCGAGGAGCUCCUCCGCCUCGUCCCCUGCGCCAAGGCCAGAGGCGCCUUCUUGGUGUCUCUCACCUCCGUCCCCGGGAACCCCCUCGCCGGAGUCUGCGAUAUGAACGUGCAUUUGCCGCUCGAGAGGGAGCUGUGUCCGUUUAACCUCGCUCCCGUGACGUCCACGGCGAUUCAGAUGGUGUUUGGGGAUACCAUCGCGGUUGCUCUCAUGGCGGCUAGGAACCUGACCAAGGAGGAGUAUGGUGCUAAUCAUCCCGCCGGUAGGAUCGGCAAGAGCUUGAUCUUCAAGGUUAAGGAUGUUAUGAAGAAGAAAGAUGAGCUUCCGGUUUGUAAAGAAGGAGACUUGAUCAUGGAUCAGUUGGUUGAGCUGACCAGCAAAGGGUGUGGUUGUUUGCUUGUGGUUGAUGCAGCUCAUCGUUUGAUCGGUACGUUCACUGAUGGAGAUCUUCGCCGGACUCUUAAAGCGAGUGGUGAAGCUAUCUUCAAACUCAGUGUUGGAGAAAUGUGCAACAGGUUUGGUGUAUGCUCUUCUUUAGCUCGUAGGAAGAUUGAUAUGUGAAUGCUGAACCUAUUGUUUUGAUAAAACAGGAAGCCGAGGACAAUUGGACCUGAAACAAUGGCGGUUGAAGCUAUGAAGAAGAUGGAGUCACCGCCAUCGCCUGUACAGUUUCUACCGGUGGUCAAUGAAGACAACACCUUGAUUGGAAUUGUUACAUUGCAUGGUUUGGUUUCGGCUGGUCUCUGAGCAAGAAGCUGCCUCUAUAUGUCAGAGUUUAUUACACACAUAAAGUUCAUUCUUUUACAGAAACCCCCCGGGUUCAGAAUAUUGAUUUGUAUUGUUGAUAAUAUUCACAUUUAGUGAAUUUGUAUUGUGUUUCUCCAUGUAUUGUACUUUCUUUACCACUCAAAAAGAUAUGUAUAGAGUAUGAGACUUGUAUCGUUGCCCUCUCUUAAAUGUAUUAUCUUUUACAAA